AUGAAAUUUAACGUGAAAUUCGCAGCACGAAAGUUGGCUCAACUUUGCUUAACCAGCAACUCAAUCAUCGCAGUGGAGGGAAUUCCGAGCGUUUCUUUUCUUGACGACGACUUUGAAUCGCUUGUUGGGUCCAGCUCGCCUACUGAUUUAUCGUCUGAAAUAGGAAACAUUAUGAAUCAAGUUCGUUGGUCUAAAACAGCCGACUCGGUGCUACAACCACUUUCUGCUCAGGAACUGCAGGACAUGGCUGCUCGUCUUCAUUCACCAGCCAUGGCUGGACAAUCUUCAUUCAAAUCAGACAAAACUUCACUCUUGAAUUCAAGUGAUUCCAAUCACAUCUCUACUAAUCCCAUGCUAAUUCACUCUGCAACCAACCACCAGAUUCCCAAAUCAGAUCCGACCAUUCAACAACAGCCAUCAGAGAUAAACCAAUGUGCUUCAGAUCCUUUGUAUAGACCUCAUCAACACGGCAUAAAUAGUGACUCUUUUCGGCUUGAAUCACUAGAAACUUCCGUUGCAUUGCUGCGAAAUCAGAUACAGGAACUCUUGGUGUCAUUGUCUAAACCGAACCAUGCAAACAACCAAUCUGAUGAACAGUCAUAUCAUCCAUCAAUCUACGGUUCACUGUCAAAUCCACUCAGAAAUAGGGUUGAAAAAGAAAAAUCAAAUGCGAAUACUGUCCGAGAGGUUUCUAUUAAACUUUCUCAAGUGUUUGAUGAUCUAGAUACACUAAAAAAGGAAAUGCGACCUUCUAGUCCAGUGCCAACUCAAACUCCAGUUACCAAUCUGCACCAAUAUACUUCCAACACUGUUGGAUCAUCUUUUGUUCAAACUUUACCAAAAGAUCCACCAUUGAAACUACAACCUAGCAAAAUUUCAUUCAGACAUAGUGUUUCUGGCUCACUGCCUUCAAAAGAACAUAUGCUACAUGACUCUAUUUCUCCUAAAUUACAGCAGACAGAUUCGCAACUUUCUUCGCUGCACCACUCCAUCACUGUCGAAAUACAAAUCUAUGUCCAACAACAAAUCAAAUUGGCAAUCUCGUCGUUUGAAAAUGUUCAGAUGGCAGCCAUGUUUAAAGCAGAAAUUUCAGAUUUGGAACAUCGCAUAAUGAAUGCCAUUGAUGCAAAGUUAUUACAAUCUGCCAAGCGGGUAAGAUGGGAACAGCAGCAUUCUCAUGAUAAUGCAACACAGAACGUAGAGCAACAUUCAUCAAACCUAUAUGAAGAGUCUUGCUUACCUCGAUCUAUUCCAUUCGUUGGCAAAGCAUCUCAUACCACAGUAGAUCGAGACAAUGGGCAGUACCAAACAGGUAUGCAAUAUAAACAAGAUGGAUUAAAAACGGAAAAUAAUGCUGGAAACACAGACAAAGAAACAACUCCCUCAUUAAACAAUAGACGAUCAGUAUCGCCAGUUACCCAAACCCGCAAUAUUGAUGGUGAUGUUGAGAUGCUCAUUAGCAAACUCAAAUCUAAACUGGAUCACAAGGCAAAACUAGCUCGUGGGGUUACUCAAUAUCAACUUACUCAAUCUGCACUAGUUGAUCCUCUUGGUUCUGCAUACAACGACAUGGAAUUGAGAGAGCGUGCUCGCACUACACCUCAAACACAUUCUUAUACUCAGAAAGCGAAUGAUCGAUUCACCGCUGAGAAAUUGGAUCAAUUGGCAUCAUUAGAGUCGUUCACCCAAUGGCUUCAUGCGAAUGGCAUCAACACUGAUGGCAUUUCUAUCAAAAAAGUGGACGACAGCAAGGAUGUUGGUUUGGGCAUAUUCUCAACUAGACAGAUUCAUAAAGGAGAGUGUCUGGUAAAAAUACCACUCAAGCUGAUUUUGUCCAACGAUACUUCAGCUAUGCCAGCAUUGAAUUCGAUCGUCAAAUCUAAUGUGCUUCUCAAGACCGAUCCAAGUGUUAUACUCGUCAUUCGAUUAUUACAGGAAUAUAUUAAUCCCAUGUCAUUGUGGCAACCCUAUUUUGAUUUAUUGCCACGAGUUUUUACUAUUCCUGUCCUUGGUUCGGCCCAAGAUCUAGCAGCAUAUACAGGAACAUCCAUUAUUGAUGAGGUGGUGCAUGAUAUGAUUGCACUGAUGCGCCAGUAUUUGUAUCUGCAGCAUAUUUUUAAAUCAAUCCCUGAGCCGCCUAUUCCACUCGCUGAUUUCACAUUUGCUGCAUUUUCAUGGGCACGUGCUAUUGUAUCUACUCGCCAGAAUGAAAUAUGUUAUGCCAAUCCCAGUACAAGUGAAAUGCAGCAGUUCCUAUGUUUGAUUCCACUGUUUGACAUGUUCAAUCACAAACCUGGAAAUUCAACAACACAGUUUGACACAAAGGAGUAUUGUAGCGAGACAAUAGCAUCAUGCGAUGUUUCUCCUGGCGAACAGAUUUUUAUUCACUAUGGAAAGCGAUCCAAUCAAGAAAUGCUUCUUUAUAGUGGUUUUGUUGAUCCAACCAAUAUUGAGUAUGACCAUAUUAAACUUUCUGUUAGUAUACCGCAAAGCGAUCCCAUUCGAAAUCAGCGCGUACAACUGUUGAAACUAUUUAAUCUAUCAAGCGAGAGUCGACUAAACCUAUGUGGACCACCGGUGUUGGAGACAUCUUCUCAGCUUAUUUUGUUUUUGAAAGUACUUACAAUGGAUGCAGUUACUAUAAAUGCUAUUCUUGCCACCUCAGACCCAGUAGAAAAAAUGCAGUCUGAUCACACAAUCUACUCCCUGUCUGUGACCAAAGCCCUAGAGUGGGUACGGCUACGAUGUAUGAUUUUAAAACGAGCUUUGCAAAAAACAAUCGAGACUGACAAGACUACACUCCAGUCUGGAAAUGCAGACAAUCCUGUCAAGCUCCGUGUAGCCGAGUACGAAUUUCUUUCGGCAAUUGAAAUUGAUAUUAGUUCUCAGCUUGUCAAAUAAACCAAUAUCCCAGUAUGGGCUUUAUGGCCAGAUGA